UCCAGAUAAGGUUACUUAAGGCGCCCAAAUCCCCCGCAUUACCCCUCCCUCCCGGCUUCAUCCUCCUCCAGGCUUCAUCCCUCCUUCAACGUUGGACUUUCACAAAUCUAUCUUCUCACUUAGGACUAACCAUUUCUAGAACAAUAUGCCUGCAUACAUUGUUACGUGCAAGGAGGACGCAUCGGAUGAGGAUGUUCAAGCAACAAAACAACAUGUCAUAGAUCAGGGUGGUAAAAUAGGACACGAGUAUACGCUCAUCAAAGGCUUUUCGGUGACCUUUGAUGAUGAGGCGAUAACAACACUUGAGUCGCUUGAACAUGUAAAAGCAGUUGAGGCGGACAGUAUUAUGUCAACACAGUAGGCUCAAGGGGAGUUACGGGA